AGGGCGAAGAUGGCGGCGCCGAGCAAGUGGCGCCCGGGCGCCUCUCAGCUGGGCGGCAGCGGCAGCCAGCGGUCAGCAGGGGCCGCGGAGCCGCGCGCCCGCUUCGUCGAGGGCUCCAUUGUCCGCAUCUUCAUGGAGAACUUCCUAACUUAUGACAGCUGUGAAGUAUGUCCAGGACCCAAUUUGAACAUGAUCGUAGGUGCUAAUGGAACAGGAAAAUCAAGCAUUGUUUGUGCCAUCUGCCUUGGACUAGCUGGUAAACCUUCUUUUAUAGGGCGAGCUGAUAAGGUUGGUCUUUUUGUAAAGCGGGGGUGCUUGAAAGGUGUAGUAGAAAUUGAACUGUCCAAGACACCUACCAAUAUCAUUAUCACACGGGAGAUUCAGGUGGUGAACAACACAUCUACGUGGUUUAUCAACAGAAAGCCAUCAACCUUGAAAACGGUAGAAGAACAGAUUGCUGCCUUAAAUAUCCAAGUGGGCAAUUUGUGCCAGUUUCUUCCUCAGGACAGAGUUGGAGAAUUUGCAAAACUGAGUAAGAUUGAGUUGCUUGAAGCCACUGAAAAAUCUAUUGGUCCUCCAGAAAUGUACCAAUUUCACUGUGAACUGAAAAACUUCAGAGAAAAAGAAAGAGAACUGGAGAACUUGUGCAAAGAGAAAAGUAAUUCUUUGGAGAAAAUGAGACAGAGGAUUGAACGAUACAAACAAGAUGUUGAGAGAUACCAUGAACGCAAGCGUCAUCUAGACUUAAUUGAGAUGCUUGAGAGGAAAAGGCCUUGGGUGGAAUAUGAAAAUGUUCGGCAGCAGCAUGAGGAAGUGAAACAAAGUCGUGACCAGGCCAAGGAAGAGUUGAAGAAUCUGAAAGAAAUGCAAUCUCCAGUGACAAAAAAAAUUCAAGAAAUUGGAGAGUGUUAUAAGAAUCUUGAUAUGAAAAUCAGAGAUAAGGCUGCUGAAAUCAAAGACACUUCUCAAAAAUGUAAACAAAAGCAAGAUGCUCUGGAGAAGAAAGAUAAACAAAUUGAAGAAAUUAAUCAAGCUUUGAGAAUGAAAAAAGAUGAAGAAAUGGACAGACAGAAAAAAAUACACAACACUCGUAAGAUGAUAGAGGACUGGCAGAAUGAGCUCAAUACAAUGGGUGUCUGUGAGAAUCUUCAGCCACAAAUUGAUGCUGUUAACACUGAGCUGAAACGUUUGCAAGAAGAAAGGGCAAAUAUUGAUAGUGAUGUUAGUGAUCUAGCAACAGAGAAGGAUAACCAACAGAGGGAAAAGAAAAGAAUAACUGGUUGCAUCGUAGAACUUGAUAAUAUAAUGAAUAUGAAGGAAGAGAAGCUUAAAGGGAAAUUCGGAGACACGCACUCUGCUCUUAUGUGGCUAAGAAAGAACACAGACAAGUUUAAAAAAAAUGUUUGUGAACCCAUGAUGCUUGCAAUCAACAUGAAAGACAACAGACAUGCUAAAUAUGUUGAAAAUCACAUUUCUUCAAAUGACAUGAGGGCUUUUGUUUUUGAAAGCCAAGAAGAUAUGGAAAUGUUUCUUCAUGAGAUGCGCGAUCGUCAGAAGCUGAAAGUGAACGCUGUGUGUGCGCCUGCUGAGUCGUGUGCUGAAAACAAACCUUCAAGACCUAUUGAAGAAUUACACCGAUAUGGAUUUUUCUCGUAUUUACGAGAGUUAUUUGAUGCUCCUCGUCCUGUGAUGAGUUAUCUUUGUGCCCAGUAUCGUGUUCAUGAUGUCCCAGUGGGAACAGAGAAGACCAAAAACAUGAUUGAAAGGGUAAUACAAGAAACCAAAUUUAAGCAAAUUUACACAGCAGAAGAAAAAUACAUUGUUAAAGUAUCUGCUUAUACAAACCAAACUCUCUCUAGCAACACUUUCUUGAGGGCAGCACAGUUUCUCACUAUUUCAGUGGAUACAGAUGAAAGAAGACAGUUGGAAAGCCAACAACAGGAAAUUAAUAGUAUGAUAAAGUCAUUGGAUAGUCAGUUGGCUACAUUGUUUGAAAGGCAAAAACAUCUGGAACGAAGAGACAAUGAACUCAGGCAACAGAAGAAGGAGCUUUUGGAGAGAGGAAAUAAAAGAAGACAGUUGGAAUCAAAAAUUGCUGUGAAGCAUGACAGUUUAAGACAGAUGGAACAAGAUGCUAUCAAUCUAGAAGAGGAGUCUCAACAGGCAAAUAUGAAGAUCAAAGAAAUAAAUGUCCAGAAAGGAAGGCUUGUUACAGAAUUAAUGCAUCUCAUAAAGAAUUGCGUAUCACUGAACAUCAUCAAAGCAGACUUGGUUCUUCAGAGCGCUACUGUGGCUGCUGAGAAGAAUAGACUAGAAUUAGAGUAUAAAGCAGCAAGUGUACAACUAAGAGCUUCAGAGCAACGAUUUCGUGAACUGGAUGAUAGGAAGCGUGUCCUUAUAGAGAACUGCAAGGAAUUGCUGAAAAAAGCUCGACAGGUGUGCAAACUGAGUCCAGACCAACAUCUUCCAAAAGAAUUUCAAACUGCUUUUCAGGCUCUUCCGAAUACACUGGAGGAAAUUGAUGCUUUCUUGAAUGAGGAGAAAUCCAGGGCCUCCUGUUUCACAGGCCUGAAUGCUUCAGUUGUUGAAGAAUAUAAUAAGCGGACACAAGAAAUACAACAGCUGAUGGAAGAACUAGAGGAAAAGAAAAAUGUAUUGGAUAACUAUAAACAAAAUAUUUCACAGGUCAAAGAAAGAUGGCUAAACCCCUUGAAAAAGCUGGUUGAGCAAAUCAAUGAGAAGUUCAGUAACUUUUUUAGUUCUAUGCAGUGUGCUGGUGAAGUUGAUCUUCAUGUAGAAAAUGAGGAGGAGUAUGACAAAUACGGGAUUCGCAUUAGAGUCAAAUUUCGUAGUAGCACUGAACUUCAUGAAUUGACUCCGUAUCAUCAGAGUGGAGGUGAGAAAAGUGUUUCAACUAUGUUGUACCUGAUGGCGCUACAGGAACUCAACAGAUGCCCUUUUAGGGUUGUAGAUGAAAUAAAUCAGGGAAUGGAUCCAGUCAAUGAGAGAAGAGUUUUUGAAAUGGUUGUGAAAACUGCUUGUAAAGAAAGCACUUCUCAGUACUUCUUUAUUACACCAAAGCUUUUGCAGAAUCUCACUUACAAUGACAAGAUGACAGUGUUGUUUGUCUACAACGGACCUUUUAUGAUGGAAACAGACAAAUGGAACUUAAAGGCUUUCUGUAGGCGGCGGCAGCGAGUUGGAAAGAUGCACAAACAAUGAUACAGACAUAUAUAUGUGUUUGUGUGUAUAUAUAUAUAUACAGAUAUAUACAUAUAUAUAUAUAUGUAAUGUUUUUGUAGAUCCUUUUUGGGACACGUGGCAUUCAAGACUUAAAAAUUGUAAAAGAUGAGAACCUGUGAAGAACUGAUGAUUAAGAUCUUUGGUUCUUAAUACUUAGGUAGAAAUAUAAAAGAUUUGAAAUGUAUGAUUCUUUUUCUGAAUAUUUUUUAGUGGCCUUUCUCCAAAGAAACUAUUUUUCUUAAGCAGUAGUUUUAAACAAAAAAGGAUGUUUCCUGUAUUUUAUCAGUAAGGACUCCGCCAAUGUAAGCAUGUAACAUCAGAAAUACAGUUGUUGUUUUUUCUAGAUUACACUGGGAUAAUUCUAUGUCUGUGUUUUUUCCCCCAAGAAAUUUGAAUUUACUUUUGAUAAAAGUGUCCUAACUUGUCCUAACGCAGUUGCGGGUGUACUUCAAACUUCUCCAAUUGAAAUGGAAACUUUUUGAAUGAAUGAGUGAUGUGUGGGGAAAGAGGGAUUUGCAAGUAGCUGUGCUUUUUCUUUUUUUUUUUCAUGUGUGUGAAAAUACACCUGAUGUUAACAUAAAGAAUAUGCUAUUUUAUAGUAAAGUACUUUAUUACUGUUACUAUUUUUGAGCUAAUGUUCCGUUUUCUGUUCCUGGAAGGGUGAAGUCUUUGUUUUUUCACAGCAAAGUGACAAAGCCAGGGGUUUUUGAAAGAAUGAACUAGUUAGCUUGUAGAAAUAAAGCUAAGUAAUAUAUAACUUUAUUUAUAAAUAAAAUUUGAUAUGCUUUUGCUGAUAAAUGGAAAAAAUAUUCUUGCUGAUUUCACAUGUAAAAGCCUCCUGGUUUUAACUUACAAGACUGACUACAUUGGAGUGAUUGUAAACACAAUAGCUAUUUGACAAAUAACCAUAAAAAUUCACUGGUGGAAUUUUGGAUACAGCUGUUAGAUAUUUGAAGGUAGAUGUUAUCAACAGAACAUUGAAUACCUAAAAUAAAAUAUCAGU